AUUUAACGCAUUAUGCAAUCGGUGAUUGACAACUAAUCUGAUACGAGCCAAGCAAAAGAAAAAGAGGUGUGGCCUCUCAGAUCACUGCACUGCUAACAUAACAACAAUCAAAUAGUUUGUUUCUCCUGAUAAACCUGAGAUUUACAUACACAAACACAAUGGGCAAUUUAUUUGGAGGAAAUAAAAAGUCACGUGUUACUGAACAGGAUAAGGCUGUACUGCAAUUGAAGCAGCAACGUGACAAAAUGAAAAUGUACCAGAGGAAGAUCGAGGCCUCAUUAGUUAAAGAGAGAGAGCUGGCAAAGAAGUUACUCAAAGAGGGAAAGAAGGAGAGAGCCAAGUCGCUGCUGAAGAAGAAGCGCUAUCAGGAAUCGCUGCUCGCUAAGACAGACAGUCAAUUAGACAACCUGGAGAAGAUGACAUCGGAGAUAGAAUUUGCCCAGAUCGAGCACCAGGUCAUUGAUGGACUCAAAACUGGCAAUGAUUGUCUGAAGAAAAUGCACCAGAUGAUGUCUCUUGACGAUGUAGAGAAGAUCAUGGAUGAUACCAGGGAAGGCAUUGAAUAUCAAAAUGAGAUUGAUGAGUUGCUUGCCGGUGGAUUGACCGAGGAGGAUGAAGAAGCAGUGCUGGCUGAGCUUCUAGAGAUGACAGGUGAAGCAGAGGUCACCCUACCUACUGUGCCUCAAGAUGAACUUCCUGAAAUCGAUGAAAGUGAAAAACAGAGGGAGAAGGAACAGAGACGGGAACGGAAAGAGCCAGAGCUGGUGCCAGCGUCAUGAUGAUAUUCAUCUUAUAAAUGUAGGAGAACUUUUCAUCUUUUGCUAAACUGGAUACAUCGAUCAGCAAGUAUUGACCUUCAGCCUGGAAGUGAGCAAACAUAGAGGACAUCAUUACCU